GUGCGGCGUCCCCGGGCCCCGCUCCUGCUCCCGGCGCCGCGCACUGGCUGGCGGGGCCGGAGAGGCGGCGCCGGCCGGCGGGGCGGGGGCCCCGAAGUGGGUUUCGGGCCGCCACCAGCGCUGGCACCCGGCACAGAGGGCGGCGCGCGGCGGACUCCGCUCCCGGGCACCGCACCGGGCCGCCUCCGGGCUCUGCCGCUCUGCCCCGGCCCGGAAAACCCGGCGCCUUCCAGGCCCUUCGAAAGAUGGAUUCUGUUGACGUAUCUGGCGGCCCUGGCGAGCCGGGUGGAAAGUUGGGUUUUGCCAGAUCGCGCUGGGCUUGUCUUUGUGACGUUCGGCCAGCCCCGCAUCCUCCCGAAGCCGGGCCCAGUGGCAUCAGAGCCGAGUGAUGGACGAUCUGCAGUCCCAGAACCUCUCCAUGGACAUGACUGACUCCUCUCCCGCCUUGGCCAAUAACAGACUGGAGAAUGGCAUGGCCCAGCUGAUCACCACUGAGGCCUGGAACAUCAACUCCACCGACCUGGUAAAGAAGGCCCUGGUGACCGUGCCGGCCCCAUCCAUCCUGAACCCCCCAGCCGAGUCUCAGGGCGGCAUGGCUCUGAAGGUGGCGGCCACUGUGCUGCAGCCCCUGUGCCUCGGGGAGAGCCCGGUGGUGAUGCCCAUUCACAUGCAGGUGGAGGGAAGCCCUGCGCCCGAGCUCAACCCUAACGGCCACGCGGCCUAUGUCAUGACCACGCAGGGCCCCGUGCAGCUGCCGGUGGUGCUGGAGCAGCACGUCUUCCAGCACCUCAACUCCCCUCUGGUCCUGCCGCAGGAGGCCCCGUGCUCCUCCAGUGCUAUCCACAACAACCUGUUCCAGGGAGCCGAGGACCCCGAGGCUCGACCGCAGCUCCUGGACCUGCGGAUCCCCAGCCGGCCACAGGAGCCCACGUUGCCGUUUGAAGCUGUGCUCCAGAAUUUGUUCCCCUCACAGGGCGCUCUCGGCCCCCCACCCUGUCAGCCUCCUCCUGGAUACGCGCCUGUGCCCCCCCAGCCCUUUAACUCCCCCCUGUCCCCGCUGGUCCCUCCGGCCACCCUCCUGGUACCCUACCCUGUGAUCGUCCCCUUGCCCGUGCCCGUCCCCAUCCCCAUCCCCAUCCCUGUGCCUCAGAGUCCCGAAUCCAAGCUCAGCUCCGGUUUCCCCAAGCCGCCAUCUUCCUUCGGCCUACACCCCUUCAAAGGCACCCCUAGCCCUCUGGAGAAGGAGGAACUGAAGCCCUUCGAUAUCCUGCAGCCGAGGGAGUACUUCCAGCUUAGCCGCCACACGGUCAUCAAGAUGGGGAGUGAGAACGAGGCCCUGGAUCUGUCCAUGAAGUCGGUGCCCUGGCUUAAGGCUGGCGAAGCCAGUCCCCCCAUCUGCCAGGAAGAUACGGUCCUGGACCUGUCGCUGGCAGCCCACCGAAAAUCUGAGCCUCCCGUUGAGACACUGUAUGACAGCAGCAGCUCAGUGGACAGCCCAGGUCACGCCGGCGGCAUGGAAGUGCCCUUUGCCCCUGCCACAGCACACGGGGCCUCGGCUGUGAUGGAUAGCCAUGUGGGCGGCAGUAACCCCGCCCAGCUGCCCGGCCAGCCCGUCCAGCCCAGCGGUGAGGUCAAGGCUGAAAAUCCCAUGGAGAUCGUGAGCGAGUCCCAGGCCGCCAAGGUUAUCGUCUCGGUGGAAGACGCCGUGCCUGCCAUCUUCUGCGGCAAGAUCAAAGGCCUCUCGGGCGUGUCCACCAAAAACUUCUCCUUCAAAAGAGAAGACUCCGUGCUUCAGGGCUAUGACAUCAAUAGCCAAGGAGAAGAGCCCAUGGGAAGCACAGAGCCCCUUAGGAAACCCGUCAAAAACAGGAGCAUAAAGUUAAAGAAAGUGAACUCCCAGGAAAUACACAUGCUCCCGAUCAAAAAACAACGGCUGGCCACCUUUUUUCCAAGAAAGUAAAUAAUGGCUUUUUAAAAUUUUUAUGAUUAUAAUAUGGGGAAAGGUGCAUUGGUUUUAUAAAAAGGCAUUUAAAACAAAUUAUCUUUGUUAAUUAUUUUGGGGAGUAGUUGGGAAGCGGGAAGGCGAAUUGGCUCUAGAGGCCCUGUAAGCUAGUAUUGUUUUCUUUUUUAAUUUUUGACUUUUCACAAAUGAGUAAAUAAGAGCAACCUAUUUUUCAAGCAGAUUGCACAUUUUUUGCAGCUUUAAUGGAAUAUUGGGUGAAUCAGAGGGGUAAAAAAGCUAUUUUCAUUGCCACAAAGUGCUUUGAUGAUGUAAUACCUAAUAAAGGGUAGGAUGAAUAUUUCACAAUAAAUGUUUGUUUGCACUAA